AAAAAAUAAAAUAAAAUAAAAAUAAAAUAAAAGGAAAUCUAUACUUUCUCACUGACAAAAGAAAGAAGUCAAUCUCUGUACGACUUUUACUAGCGGUUUUUCCUUCUCCAGUCUUUACAUUUCGUCAAGCACCUCCUGAGAUGCAUUCCACCGCUUCAUUUUCUCCUUUUAAGCUACUCAGCAGAAGAAACAGAGGUAAUCUCCAUUAAUGGACAAGGAAAAGCUUCGAAUUCUCUCCCUUACUCUUCAAUUGGUUCUCCAAUUCACAUGCCUUCAUCUUCCUUCACGGGCUUUUACUCCUCCUGACAAUUACCUCAUCGACUGCGGUUCCAACGCCAACACCACAAUCGACAACCGGGCCUUCGUCGCCGACUCCACUCACCAGGGUUCGAUUUUCCACUCUUCUGGUCGAACGGUUGCUCUGACGGACCCAAACCCAUCUCCUGGAUCAUCAUCUUUGUACCAAACAGCUAGAGUUUUCACAAGGGAUUCCAGCUAUGAGUUCGAAAUCAAGAAGAAAGGCACCCACCUCGUACGUCUCCAUUUCUACCCCUUCUCUUCUCAGGGCUACGAUCUUAGGUCAGCUCUUUUCCAUGUCUCGAUUCCUGGGUCUGACCUUUCGAUUGAUUUUAGCUUCCACACUUCUUCACCCGUGCUCAAGGAGUACAUAUUAAUGGUGGAAAAGGAAAAGCUCGAAAUCUUGUUUGCCCCUGUCGGCGAAUCUGGCUUCGCGUUCGUUAACGCAAUUGAGGUCUUCUCUGCUCCUCCUGAUCUUAUCCUUGAUGUGGGAGCUCGGUUUGUUGGUGAAGCCGGAAUCGAGGAUUACAGUGGGUUGCCCUCGCGGAUCUUGGAGACUGUUCACAGAAUCAAUGUCGGUGGUUCCAAAAUCACGCCUUUCAACGACACUCUAUGGAGGACUUGGCUCCCUGACGAGGAAUUUCUGGUCUUGAAAUCCGCCGCCAAAGCUGUUUCUCGAAGUCGCCCACCGAAUUACCAGAGUGGAGGAGCUAGCAGAGAGAUCGCUCCGGAUAAUGUUUACAUGACCGCCCAAGAGAUGAAUAAGAACAUGUCUUCUUCUCUGAUGAAAUUCAACAUUACAUGGGCUUUCCCUCUGAGCUCCGGUGGAGGAAGGCACCUGGUUCGGAUGCAUUUCUGCGAUAUCGUUAGUGCUACUCUUAAUCUGCUCUACUUCGAUGUGUACAUCAACGACUACUCUGCUUACCAAGAUCUCGACCUCUCUGCUCUUACAACUCAUUUGCUUGCGGCCCCUUACUACAUCGAUUUUGUCACAGACGCAGACAAUUCUUCAGGGGUUAUGCGGGUAAGUGUUGGCCCUUCUGAUCUCAGUAGUCCUUCACGAAUUAACGCUAUCCUGAACGGCGUAGAGAUCUUGAAGAUGAUCGAUGGUGGGGGUUCGAUUUCCCAUAAAGGAUCGAAGAACAAACAUGUAGCAAUUCUGGUGGGUUCAGUGCUUGGAGGCUUUGCUCUUGUAUGUGUUUGCAUCUUGAUGUUCGCUGCCCUAGGAUUCAAGCGCAGGAAGAAGAAGAAGAGAAGUGUCUCCUGGUCACCCCUGCCCAUGAGCAGAGGUGGAGGGAGUUCCCACCGGAGGGUCUCUGAAGGGACCAACAGUAUAUCCCGUUCCUGUGGCCUCAGUAUGAACCAUGGCUUGAAGAUUUCUUUUGAAGAGAUACAGUUUGCCACGAACAAUUUCGACAAGAGUUGGAUCAUCGGUUCAGGUGGAUUUGGUUUGGUCUACAAAGGGGUGCUUAGAGACAACACGAAAGUUGCAGUGAAGCGUGGUGUGCCGGGAUCCAGACAGGGGCUCCCUGAAUUCCAAUCAGAAAUCACAGUCUUGUCCAAGAUUCGCCAUCGACACCUUGUUUCCCUAGUUGGGUACUGCGAAGAACAGUCUGAGAUGAUACUGGUAUAUGAGUAUAUGGAGAGAGGGCCAUUGAAAAAACACUUGUAUGGUUCAGGAUUGCCACCAUUGUCAUGGAAGCAAAGGCUUGAGAUAUGCAUUGGUUCAGCCAGAGGGCUUCACUAUCUUCACACUGGUUCAACUGAGGGAAUUAUCCAUCGAGAUGUGAAAUCCACUAAUAUCUUACUUGAUGAGAACUAUUUGGCCAAGGUUGCAGAUUUCGGGCUUUCAAGGUCUGGCCCUUCUCUCGACGAGACUCAUGUAAGCACUGGUGUUAAAGGCAGUUUCGGGUAUCUGGAUCCAGAGUAUUUCAGACGGCAGCAGCUCACAGACAAAUCAGAUGUGUAUUCAUUUGGAGUUGUUCUUUUGGAAGUGCUCUGUGCCAAACCAGCCAUUGAUCCUUUGCUUUCGAGGGAGCAGGUGAACUUGGCUGAAUGGGCAAUGCAAUGGCAGAAGAAAGGGCAACUUGACCAGAUCAUUGAUCCCCAUCUUGUCGGUAAAAUCAAUCCUAAGUCUCUCAAGAAAGUUGGAGAGACAGCCGCAAAAUGCUUGGAGGAUUAUGGUGUUGAUAGGCCUACAAUGGGUGAUGUGCUGUGGAACUUGGAACAUGCACUACAGCUUCAGCAGACUGCAGUGAACACAGAGCCUCAUCAGGAUAGCACGGAUCAUGCAUCUGAGCUUCCAUUGCCUCCUGCUGUUCAACAGGCAGCGUCUAUUAGGGCAAGGGUUGAAGAGAACAGUGAUGGGAGUUCUGAGCUAACUACAACUCGAGUAUUUUCACAAUUGUUGACCAAUGAAGGUAGAUAGUAGUUUGAUCUAUUUGAUGCGGAUAGAUGAUCAGCCACGGUUUAUGCUUUAUUCAGACUCAGAUAACUAUGAACAUUCCCCCAAUACAUGAACGUAAUCCAUUCAUAUAUUAAGGACCUCUUCAUCCUAGUCCUGGGAGUUCUCAGGGACAGGUAUGCAAGCCAUGUUUCUGUAGUUGCUCCACCUACUAUCAUCAAUCUAUAAUGGGUAUUGAAGGUAGACCCAUGUUUAUAUUUACUUAUUCUCCAUUAGUUCUUGUACUAGUACGAGGUUGGAGAUAUCUUUUUGCUUCCUACAUAAUAGUUCAGAAUAACAGAAAGUGCCCAAGCAAUAACGAGUGAACUCUGUAACUUUACAUUCAUGAAUACUAUUUAGGUUUAUCAUACAUUACCAAUGUGGAGUCCUCUCUUACUCGAA